CGGUCAACUGCCGCCUUUUUCUCCGGACUAUCGGCCGAACAGAUCUGCCUGAUAUACAUGGGCGGCGGCCUAGCAGUCCUAUUUAAACAUCUGUCCAGCUGUUUAGCCUGGAGACACGAUGGUUCAGUGGACAGCUGAGGAACGCGCUGCGAUACAGGGUGUAUUCGCCAAACUCGACUACGAGUCGGUGGGCCUCGAGAGCUUGACGAGAUGCUUGGUCGUCUACCCUUGGACUCAGCGGUACUUUGGUGGGUUUGGAAACCUGUAUAACACGGAGGCAAUCAUGGCUAAUCCAAAAAUCGCGGCGCACGGCAUUGUAGUGCUUCAAGGACUGGAGAAAGCUCUCAAAAACAUGGAUAAUAUCAAGAAAACCUUCACUGCCCUUAGCGAGCUUCACUCAGAGAAACUGCAGGUCGACCCAGGCAAUUUCCAGCUCUUAGCUGACUGCCUGACCGUGGUGAUCGCUAGACGCAUGAGGACUGACUUCACCCCAGACAUCCAAGCUGCUUGGCAAAAGUUCCUGUCUGUUGUUAUAUCAGCCCUAAGAAGGCAGUAUUAUUAGAUUCGUGGACUGUACGAGGAGAUUCUU